AUGAUCCACUACCGACUAAGCACCUGCUCCCCUCUUGACAUUGGUCUCGGUUUUGUCACUUUUGAGGUGGUGGACAGCAAGGUGAUCCUGGAGGGCCUGCAGAGAUACGGCCCCACGCCGAUCUAUCUGCCUGUCAGCUACCGGAUCCUCAGCGCCGAGUCAGCGUUCUUCUUACAGGAGGCAAACCAGGACUUAAUGAGGAACUCCAGCCUGCAGGCUCGCACAGAGUCCUUUUUCAUCCACCAGGCCCGCCAGAUGCCCUUCGUCAACGCUAGCUACGGGCCGCUGUCUGUCCAGCAGCCUGUCCCUCUGGAGCUGCUGCAGACGCUGCCAGGGCCGUUUAACGCACCCUCCUUCACCCCGUCAUCGUCGGUGCCAACAUCAGCGUCCUCGCCGCCUCUCUUUACAUUCAACUGGAAGGUCCACACUUACAUUAUCAGCGAGAGGAUUCACCCCAGCUGGCCCAAAGUUCAAGUGUUGUUCUACAUCGCGGGCAGGGACUGGGAUGAUUACAGCGCCAUCCACAAGCUGCCCUGCGUGAGGAUGUUCGCCUUUCACGAGACUCAAGAGGUGCGUGGGACAUGCAGGUUAAAAGGUGAGCUGGGUAUAUGCGUUGCCGAGCUGGAGCCUCUGGCCAGCUGGUUCAGCCCACCCACUGUCAGGCCCGGUAGGCAGAGAGUGUCCGAGCAGGCCCAGGGCACUCCCGUGGAGCUCUACUACAUGGUUCAAACCACGGACAGCGGAGACUGCAGCUCCGAGGAUUCGAGAAAGGCCAGCUCGGUUCGCGUGGACCAGCAGAGGCCGAUGGGUUAUUUCGCAGGGCACACUCCUAUGCAGCGCAUCGGGAGCGUCAGGCUGUUUCAGCCGCUGUCGGAGCUGAAGCUGGACAAUAACUUCGUGGUGAUGGUGCCCUCCAAACCCAUCCGGCAGAGAGAAACCGUCUCGACUUUUCUGGCUCUUUCCACGCUUUCUUCAGUGCAGAUUUUCACCCUGAGGGUGAAGCUGAAGGACGGCGUGGCCUUUCUGGGAGCCAGAGCCAGCAACCCGGUUGUAUGGACGGUGAGCCAGGAUGUGAGAAGCGAAGGCCACCGGGUCGUCACCCUGCACUGCCACAGGAAGGAGAACAGCUUCAAUCAAAGAGUGGAGGCAGUGGGCUACCAGCGAGUGCUGCAGGUGGACCUGGAGGUGAACGGGCUGAUGGUGACUCAGGGCGGCCGGGAGGUGACGUGGCAGGUGGAGUAUCCGCUGACCCGCACCCUGACCAGCGAGGUGCAGACCCUCAUCCGCCUGGCGCCACAGGACCUGGGCGGCAUUGUGCCACUAGCCAUGGACACCGAGAUCCUAAACACAGCCGUGCUCACCGGGCGCACGGUCGCCGUUCCGGUGAAGGUAGUCACCGUAGGGACGGACGGAGCGGUGUCCGAUGUUACCGAGUCCGUUGAGUGCAGGUCAACAGACGAGCAAGUUAUCAAGGUGUCCGAGCGCUGCGACUACGUGUACGUCAACGGGAAGGAGACGAGAGGGAAGAGCAGGGUGAUGCUCAACUUCACCUACAGCUUUCUGAGCGCCCAGCUGGAGAUGAGCGUGUGGAUGCCCCGCCUGCCCUUGCUCGUCGACGUGGCCGACCCCGAGCUCAGCCAAAUUAAGGGCUGGAGGGUUCCUGCUAGCAGCGGCAACAGGAGGUACGAGAGGGUCACUGAUGACAAGGAUGGUGCCGCUGGGGCGGAGGAGAGGGCGGAGAACACCUGCGUGGCCCAGUACCAGAGCACCACCCUGAGAGUCCUCACGCACUUUGUGGCGGACGCCGGAGAAAUAAGAGGAGCUGCGGAGGACGACGGCCUCGGACAGCAGAGCUUCCUGCUGGGCACCGACUGGCAGGUGGAUGUGACCCAGAUGGUGAAGGACUCUCUGAGGGUGGAGGACCCGAGGGUCGCCCAGCUGCUGGAGGGUCAAGUCGUGAUCGGGCUGAGCGCUGGAGCCACCAAAAUACAGGUUCUGUCCCCUCUGACGUCAUCGGUCCUGGCCGAGAGGAGCAUCAGGGUGCUGGAUGACAAAGUGAGCGUGACAGAGCUCGGGGUACAGCUGGUAUCAGGACUAUCUCUGUCCCUGCAGCUCAGCCCCGGUAGCAACAGGGCCAUCGUCGCCACCGCAACCACACAGGAAGUCAUCAAUUCCCUCAAACAGGAAUCCCUCAUCAGCGCUUGGCUCCAGUUCAGCGAUGGCUCCAUGACUCCUCUAGACAACUACAACCCUGCCCAUUUCACCCUGGCGGCUACCUCUUUGAACGAACAGGUGGUGGCGGUGCAGCAAAGUGCAGCGUGGAAGUGGCCCAUCAUCGUCGCCAAAGGCCAAGGCCAGGGUUUGCUUGUGCGUGUUGAAAUGAGCCAAUCAGAAAUGUGCCAGAAGGGCAAACGGCGUACCAUAUUAGCCACCGGCAUGGUAAAUAUACAGGUAAGGUUUGGUCAAUCCGAAGAACAAUACAGACAACCAGGAGACCGACGAACGCGUCCCGAUCCUCCGUACUACGGCGGAUCUAUUUCUGACAUGGAAACUGGGCUAGUUAACCGCGGAGCCACGACCAUCAGGGGCCAGGUUCCGGUAAGGCCGAAUGGGGGCCGUUUGUCAGCGGACAGCGGGGCGAGGGUCCCAAACGAAUUCUCCGAAUAUCCGGACCAGGCCGAACUGCCUCGGAGCCGCAGCACAGACGAGGACUUGUCGCCUUCCCGACGAGGCCUGACAGACUUGGAGAUCGGCAUGUACGCCCUGCUGGGAGUCUUCUGCCUGGCCAUCCUGGUUUUUCUCAUUAACUGCAUCUCCUAUGCAUACAAGUACCGUAGUAGCAAGCAGCUGUCCCUGGAAGCUCCAGAGGCAAUGCCCCACGCCCACGACUGGGUCUGGCUUGGCCAGGAGGAGGGGCUAUGUCUGCAGCAACAGCAGCAGGACGAGCUGGGCGGCACCCUGGAGGAAGGUAGUCAGCUAUUGAAUGGAGGCGUCCAGCGUGGUAGUGCUGGUGGAGGAAGUGGAAGGGAUCACAGGAAUGAGUCGCUUAACUCACCGACCACCAAGAGGAAGAGGGUGAAGUUCACCACCUUUUCCAGCGUCAAGGCCAGCAACGGAUGUCCGGUGCUAAGCCCGUUAGCACUGGUGCAGACCAGUGAGAUAAAAUGGGUAUGUCCAGACAUCGAGCUUGGGGACUCAAAGGAUCUUAGGAACUACAUGGAAAAGCUUAAUGAGAAUGCAAUUAAGAACAUUGCAUAG